UGAAGGAAAAGGGCAAGCAGAUGGCAUACCUCACUUUUGGUUGAUGGCUUUUAAAAAUGUGAAGACGCUUGGUAGGAUGAUCCGAAGAAAUGAUGAGCUUGUACUACAGCACUUGGAAGAUGUAAAAAUUAAAUUUUCGGAAGUUGAGGAACCAAUGAGCUUCACCAUAGGAUUUAUCUUUAGGUCAAACGAAUACUUUUUCAACAAAGUCCUGACGAAAACAUACCGAAUGCGAUCAGACCCAGAUGAUUCUGACCCCUUCUUCUCCAAAGGGCCAGAAAUUAUCGGUAGCACAGGGUGUGAGAUCUACUGGAAAGAGGGAAAAAAUGUCACCGUGAAAACUACCAAGCUGCGGAAAUGUGAGGGCCGAAGAAGUGUAUCAACCACUAGGAAGAUGCCCAGCUGUUCCUUCUUCACCUACUUCUAUCCUCCUGAUUAUCCUGAGGGCAGAGUACUGGAUGUGGCCACCGAUUAUAAAUUGGGCUAUUUUUUCCGUGAAGUUCUGGUCCCGAAGUCCGUAUUAUUCUUCACUAAUGAAGCCAGUGGGUAUAAACAUGAAAGCUCUGAUAAUGAGGUCCAAGAAGCUGGAGGCGAGGAAAAGAAAGUAGAAGUGAUGAGAAGUGAAGAACCUGAAAAAGGACCUGAAAAAGAUCUGGACCCAGAAGAGAGCAAUCCCUGAGAACCCAGUUGUAAUGCAGAAAUAGAAAUAUACAGUGGAGGAAGAAACAACAAAUUUGUUCUGUGCAGAUUGAGAUUUUCUCCUUU